AUGAUGAUGAUGAUGUUACUCCGCCGCCGCACUCUCCUAAGGUCUUGCUCUUUCUUAAAUUGUCACAUCUCUUCCACGUCUGCUGCCGCCACGUCGAAUCAAUAUGAAGAUGAAAAGAAUCUGUACUCGACGGUCAGAUCCUUGAUCCGUAGCUCAGAGCUCAACAAGGCUGUGGAGUACGCACGCACGCCCGUUGUUAGAAACACCCGCUUGGCAACCAGACGCGCUAUAUUUGACCUUGUAAUCCCAGAAUUGGAUCAGGCCAAACGUUACAAAGACGUCUUAAGUCUCUGCUUCUACUUAUUCCGUAACUACGACGACAACUCUAAAAGCUUUGAUUUCGGACAUCUUCUGCGCAAAGCUAAGAAGAAAUGGGGACUCAACCAUUCUCAUGUCUCAUGCUUCAACAAGUGUCUUGUCUCAAAUCCUCCUCCUUACCCCAUCAUCAUCCUCGGAGAUGUCAUCGUCGAGCCGCCCAAGAAUCAAUAUUACGAUGAGAAGCAUCUAUACUCGACGGUUAGAUUCUUGAUCCAGAAUCUCUCUGAUCUCGACACCGCCAUGGAGUACGCACGCUUCACAGCUUUCACCACUACUCGGACUGCAACCACAACCGCUACUUGUGACCUUAUCAUCGCAGCCUUGUGCGAGGCAAAGCGUUACACGAACGCAUACCAUCUCUUCCAUUACUUUUUCAACCAAUCCAACAUCAGUCUCAGCGUCGAUUGUUGCAACCACAUCGUCAAAGCUCUCUGCGACGACGGUCAUGCCCACGUUGCUCUUCAACUCCAUCACCACAUCCGCGGCAAUGAUGAUGAUGAUAAUCAUGCCCAUCCUCUGGAUUACCAAACGUACCGUAUCUUGACCAAAGCUUUGUACCUUUCAGGGUACAUGGAUGAAGUACUGGAUCUGGUUAAAGAUAUCUUCUCUUUGGAUAAUAAUCCAGACAAGUACGACGCUGUAUUCUUGGAUGAGAAAGAUUUUGACAAAGCCUGGGCACUUUGUUGUGAGGAGCUUAUAAGUAGUGGUAAAGAUGGCAACAACAAGGUUGGUUAUCCAACGGUAACCAAAACAGCGGUAACUGUUUCUCUAAUUGAGUAUCAUUUCAGUAAAUGUGAGGAUGAAAAAGCAAUGGAGAUUUACACUUGUUUGGUAGCUGACACAUGUGGUAAGAUUGAAGAUGCUUCCAAGAGACCACUCUUCGAACUCUUGUUUAAGUACGGUAAAGAAACGGAAGCUUGGUCAUUGGUCAAAAACCAUCAUUUGAUUGAAGACCGGCCACAACAUAUUGGAAUACAAGAUUUAACUAUGUAUGAUUUUUUCGGUUACGAGCUCAGGAUGACAAAGGAAGCCAUCGACACGUUGAAAAAAGUGAGACAGAUACAAGAUUUCACUAUGUGCAAAUUUAACCAUGCACCAUACUCCAACGUCAUCACUAGGUGUUGCGAAGAUGAGAAUACUUUGUCACACGCAAAGUGGAUAAUGGCUGAAUUCUUGAACGUCCAUGAUCCAUCGGCUUACAAAAUAUCCACAUUUCAAGAAAUGAUCAAUGUCUAUCUAAAGGCUGGGAGACUCGAUGAUGCUUUGGACACUGCAGACAUGAUGGUCGAUGCAAAUCUAAAACUUGUCUCUAUCUUAAUGAAGAGCUGA